GCUGUGGGAACUCCCUGGACCCCCAUCCAGACCCGAGCUCUGGAGCAGUCCUGCGAGCGGUGUCGGGGAGCUCCCUGUCUCCACCUCCACUUCCAGUCUUCUCCAAUGUACUGUGUUCCUAUGGUGAUUCUCUAGAAAAAUCAAGUUUAUGAAGCAGGAAGUCAUUAUGUGACUAACAUAUUUUCAUCAGAUUUCCUCUGAUUUGCCCUGAAGUGCAUGUGAGAAUGAUGUGCACUGCCAAGAAAUGUGGAAUUAGGUUCCAGCCUCCAGCUAUUAUCUUAAUCUAUGAGAAUGAAACGAAGGGAAAACGUCGCCAACGCAUCAUGCCAGUCCGAAACUUUUCAAAGUUUUCAGAUUGCAACAGAGCUGCUGAACAAUUAAAGAAUAAUCCGCGACACAAGAGUUACCUGGAACAAGUGUCCCUGAGGCAGCUAGAGAAGUUAUUCAUUUUUUUACGAGGUUACUUGUUGGGGCAGAGUUUGGCAGAAACAAUGGAACAAAUUCAACGGGAAACAACAAUUGAUCCUGAGGAAGACCUGAACAAACUAGAUGAUAAGGAACUUGCUAAGAGAAAGAGCAUCAUGGAUGAACUUUUUGAGAAAAAUCAGAAGAAGAAGGAUGAUCCAGAUUUCGUUUAUGACAUUGAAGUUGAAUUCCCACAGGAUGAACAGUUGCAGUCUUGCGGCUGGGACACAGAGUCAGCUGACGAGUUCUGAUACCAAAAACUCAAAGAAUUAAUUGAGCUAGCAGAAACUGCAUGUUUAUACAAAGGAUGUAUAAACAUGGUUCUAGAAAAAUCUUUAAAGAACACUAAAUGUACGUGUUGGGUCAAGUUUGGAUUGACCAUGUUACUUUUCAAAACCAGGACAUGUAUCUACUGUGUAGAUUCAUGAGGAAUAUACAAAAACCAGAAUAUAGGAAUCUGCCUUUAAGGAGCUCACAAUCUAAUUGGAAGAUAACUCAGAAACUUGUGAAAAGCUAAUUAACAGAAUUAGGCAACAAAAAGAUUAGAGCCAGAUGCUUGAUAAAAGUUAAAGGGGGUCAGAGCCUAGAUGAUGAUAGGGUUAGAAUAGUCAGGGAAGACUGAGUCCUUUAGUAGAGAGAUGGGACUUUGUCUGGUCCCCGAAAUGGUAGUGUUUGGAUAGAAGUUUAUAAGGUCCCAGAUGAGAGAAGCUGGGAGAAAAAAGGGGCUUUGGGGAGGGUAGUGGUAAAGAGAUGGGGACUAGAACAUUUUAUUUGAGGAACAGUAAGCAAAUUAUAGUUUGGUAAGAUUGGAGGGUAUUUAUUGUUACCAGGGGAUUACCCUGUAUGCAUUAUGUUUUUAUAUGAAUUGGACUGUGGAGUAGGAGACCAGCCCUACAGAAUGCCCUGCAGCUGCAAGGGGUGUCAUCUGAUAGACAGUAGGGGAAUUCUGCCACUCCAGGAUCAGGAAACCUGUACUAAAGAUACUCUGAAAUCCUGAAGGUCUUCCCAUAACUGAAGUGGUUUGUUUGUAAAAUGGGAAAUCUAGCCAUAAUGAAUAAAUAGGCAUUGCCAGUUUAGGCCUAUUCAUGUGUUUAGAUCUACAAAGAGAAGAUCUUUGUUGAACCAGGUUAAAUGUGUACAGAUACAACUUUCUUCUCAUUAGAAUGUUGUUUAAUUGGCAGAUAUUCCAUGUUUUCUGCAAGGAGAUUAAUACUCCUUAAAUAAAGCUGUAAAAAUUA